AUCCUCUGCUCAGCCUGCCGUUUUGCCGGCAAGAAGCUCAGUCCAAACAGCAUUAAACUCCCUAGAGGAAGGCCCACUGGUGAUCCAGGAGAGGAGAAGGUAGAGGAACGAUUUAGGAGAUUUGCGCUUGUGGCGGCAAGCUCUUUGGAAUAGCUGAAUCUGCCAGGCUUCCCCCUCACCAUGCUCCCUCCUCAACAGCCAGCUGUGUGCAGGCUCGACCACGAAGUGGUCAGCAGGUCUAGGCUUCGGAAAAACCUUACAGUUUGUCGCCCCCUGUCGGGUCCGGUCCCGGCUUGGCUGCGCAGGUUCCCGCGCAGCUGGCUGGCUGGGGUGGCGCAAAGUGGAGUGCAGAAGGCAAAGUGUCUCUUCAACUUUCCGGGUUGCGGCUUGGUCAUCUCCACCGUUCUGGAGCAGCUAAUGGUCCAUGAGGUGCGCGCAAAGGUCUCCAGGAGUAAAUUAAACAAGCAGAUGCAAGUUCCAUUCUGGACCCUCAGGUGCGCGGCUUGAUUCUGCCAGGAAGGAACCCAGAGUAGGAGCAAACAGCCGCUUUCGCAGAGAAGCUCUGAAGUAGCCUGAGUGGAGCCUCGGUAUUCCAGCAGCCUCGUCUGCUAGCCGGGGACUGGUAGAGCUUGGUUUCGCUGUUCCCGUUUCUCCUAGCUCAGGCCUUGCACUUUCGUUGUUUAAUGAACACUGGGCAGUGCGUUGCAUGGUUCGAAAUUAAAGUCAAACCCUUUUCUUUUAAAA